AUGGCUACCUUCGAACGCAUGUUGUUAGCUCGGAAACAUAUAGUUAUAGCUGAAAGAUACAAUGUUGUCCGCAAACUUGGUGGUGGCAGCUUUGGAGAUAUCUUUUUAGGAAUAAACGUCAACGAUGGAGAGGAGGUAGCAGUGAAGAUUGAAUCUAUAAAGGCGCGGCACCCGCAGCUACUCUAUGAAAGCCGAGUAUAUAAGAUGCUCCAAGGGGGCAUCGGCAUUCCACAUAUAAGAUGGUACGGCUACGAGAGAGAUCACAACAUCCUAGUGAUGGACCUGCUCGGUCCGUCACUAGAGGAUCUAUUCAACUUUUGCUCGCGCCAGUUCACUAUCAAGACUGUGCUUAUGCUGGCAGACCAAAUGCUGGGCCGCAUGGAGUUCAUCCACUGCAAGUGCUUCAUCCACCGUGAUAUCAAGCCUGACAACUUCCUGAUGGGCAUCGGUCGUCACUGCAACAAGCUGUACAUGAUCGACUUUGGUCUUGCUAAGAAGUUCAGGGAUCUCCGCACCAGGGCCCACAUCUCGUAUCGCGAGGACAAGAAUCUUACCGGCACCGCUCGGUACGCGUCCAUAAACGCCCACCUCGGCAUCGAGCAAUCGCGACGGGACGACAUGGAGUCUCUCGGAUACGUGCUUAUGUAUUUCAACAGAGGCUCGCUGCCCUGGCAGGGCUUGAAAGCCAUCACCAAGAAGCAGAAGUACGAGCGGAUCAGCGAGAAGAAAAUGUCCACACCCGUCGAGGUCCUCUGUAAGGGAUUCCCGGCCGAGUUUGCGAUGUAUUUAAAUUACUGCCGCGGAUUGACUUUCGACGAAGCACCAGAUUAUAUGUAUUUGAGACAGCUGUUCCGCAUCCUGUUCCGCACAAUGAACUACCAGUACGACUACACGUUCGACUGGACGAUCCUGCGGCAGCGCAAGCAACACAUGGAGUCGGGCGCCGCCGCCGCCGACCGCCGCUCGCCCUCCGUGCAGCGCCGCGCGGCGCAGCAGCCCUCGCAGCCCCCGCCUAACAACGAGUGA